CUAAAACAUCCAAUAUUUUUACAAUUAUUCCUUCUUCUUUUUCACUUAAUUCUUUCUUCACUUUUCGUCCUCUUAUGCAUGCAAAACACAAACCAAGGCCGGAUUAAUAUAUUUUCCGGCCAAACUCAUAUUCUUAAUGCUCUCUUUUUUCUUCAAAUGUCUUCAGAUUCUGUCCAAAAUUCACCACCCCCAACAAAUUAUGCCUCCCCCCCAAUAGCAAUAAUCUUCACAAUCAUCCUCCUUGUAAUUUUCUUCAUAAGUUUUUUCUCCAUUUUCUUUUGUAGGUGUUUCAUUCAAUAUCUACUAUACACAUGGCAUUUACGAAGUAGUCGUAAUGGAAUUCCAAUUGACCCAAGGGUUUCAGCAAAUGAACAAGGUCUUGAUCCCAAGAUUAUUAAAUCAUUUCCAACAUUUACCUAUUCUAGUGUAAAAGAUUAUCGAAAAGAAACUUAUGGUCUUGAAUGUGCUAUUUGCUUGGUGGAGUUCGAGGACGAUAGCUUGCUUCGUCUAGUAACAUUGUGUAACCAUGUGUACCAUCAAGAAUGCAUCGAUAUCUGGCUCGAAUCACACAAGACAUGCCCCGUAUGUCGCGCCAGCCUGGACUCGGCCGACGUGCUACAGAAAAGGUCAUGUACGACGAUGACUAAUAGUAAUGUCAUGCGUGGCAUUAAUGAGGACGAGUCAGAAGAUUCUUUGAGCAUUAUAAUCCAAGUCGAUGACGGUGAUGAUAAUAAAGAAGGAAAAGAAAGUCCAUGUGAGAAUUCGAAAAGGGCUAGUGCAACAUUAGAACGUGUUGAAUUACGAAAUAUAGUAAGAAAGUUUUCAAGAUCACAUUCAACGGGGCACUCAAUAGAUAGGGGUAGAGGAGCUGAAGAUAGGUUUACUUUGAAAUUACCAGAACAUGUGAGGGCAAAGAUUAUAAAGGGACAUAAUUCAACAAAAAGUUGCACCACUUUUGGAGAAUAUAAAAGCAAAACAACUACUGGGAAUGGUGGUUUUGGUGAAGUUUCAGAGUCAUCCAUCGUAGAUAUCAACAAAGUAUAAUUUUUUUCUUCUUCUAUUUUUCCAAGUUUUAGUUUCUUUCUUUUUUCUUUUCUUUUAUUUGGCUUCUUAGAAAGAUGAUUUGUUAGAUAGCACAAUAUUUGGUUGUAAAUAGGAGUAGUUCAUAAGCUUUAAGUGUUGAAAAACACUUUUAGGUGUUGAAACUGCUAAUAAAGCAGUUGAUGUGUUUGAUAAAAAAUGUUGAUAAGUUGCUCGUUUGCUAGAAUGAUUAAAAUAUCCUUAACUUAUUACAA